GACCCCGGCUUUGCGAGAGCAUCAUAGGUCAGCAGGGUUACUGCUCGUCAUGCACUCAAGAUCCACAGCAGACCCUGAAAUGGCUGAAGAGGCCAUGACGAUACCCUACGGAAAGGCAACGUUCCAGAAAGUCGCACAAUGUCUCUACCAACACCGAUCCCUUGCCUUUCUUCUAGGAAGGAUCUCCACUGCAUUAUUCAAUAGUCGAUCAGUGGCAUGGAAUCUUGGUGAAUCCAAAGCACCGGCCAUUGUUUACAAUUGCAAAUCCGAUACAUCGUCUCCUGGCGAACCCGACGAUAUAGUCUUGUCUGCGACACACUUCACUGACCAGCGAAUGACGUACGCUGCGAUGUAUGGAUGUACACCCAAAACAAUAUCGCUGGUAUCCACGUCGCUAGGGAUGUUCAAAGGACAGUCUCUUCACCCGUUAGUCAUGCCUUUAAUAUUUGCAGAGAUUGAACGCAAACGUCUCUUCAACGUCCUUGACCUGAAGGCAACAGCCCUUAGGCAGUGGAUCAUCAAACUGGAAGACAAGCUUCAUCAAGAGUCGCGAGCUUCCAAGUCAGGGAAAAACGAUGUGGAGCUUGGAUCAAACAACAGAGACUGUCAGUCCACCAAGCUAUGGAUAGAGGUCAGUUCACUUAGAAAUGGACUGCAGAGUCUCCGCGGACAGCUUGUGAAGAUGAUCGAGCAUUGCGAAGUACUCGGAGCGGCGGUGUCCAAACAGCCCGCCAAACGGGAUGGAAAGACCGAUAGACACGAUGAGGAGCAUAAGACAGGAGAAAGAAUCAAGACAAGGCUAUCUGAGAUGCUCAUCGAGUUCGAUAGCAAGGUGAGGAGUUGCGACAGCUUACUUGGGGGAAUGGCGUUGGCGGCGCAAAUGGAGUCGAACCAUUACACCAGGCGAGAUGCGAGAGUUGCAAUUGCUAUCGCUCGGGCGACGAAGAAAGACGGUAGCCAAAUGAAAAGCAUUUCACACCUGGGAAUGAUCUUUCUUCCCGGCACUUUUCUAGCUAGCCUAUUCUCGAUGUCAUUCUUCAACUGGACUUCCCCCGACAGCAAUCAGAUCAUAUCACCUUGGGUAGCUAUCUAUUGUGCGCUGACAAUUAUCGUAACAUCAUUUACUUUCUGGAGAAUGCGACGAUGGAUGAAGAAGGAGGAAGACAGGGCGCUCUUACUGUUCAUGAAGGAGAUCGAUGAAAAUGAGUCGCAAAUCUCAGCUGAGUCACAGGUCUCAACCGAUUCGCAGGUCUCGACCGACUCUCAGAUCUCAACCAAGGCGUGAUUUAUUAGUCAGGGAGUCUCAAUUCGGUCUGGGAACUUGCUACUACCUAGACAAGGGAUGCCAUCAAGCUGUUACGAGAAAAUCGCAGCUCAAAUUGGAACCAUAUGGUGAAACGGCCGAUGCAAUAAAUUCAAUUGAGUCC